AUGAAGGGGCCGUGGUCAAGCGGCGGGCGACGCCGGCGGUUCUCGAUCCUCAGGAAGGUGUCCCCGGGGGGGAUCAAGUCCUCGGCAUCCAAGCGCGGCCGGGGGAAAAAGCAGGGCGCGGGGCCGUGCGUUGGGCCGGGGGAAGCGCGCGAUGACGAGGUCGGGGAUCGCCGGGCGCCGGCGUCCGCGUGGGACACCCUGCCGGAGGUCCUGCUGCAGCAGGUCCUGCGCCACGUGCUGGCCAGCCAGCCGGGAUGGCCCGGGCGCAAGGCCGUGUUCGCCCUGUGUGGUGCCUGCCGCUCGUGGCGAUCGGCGGGGACCCAGACGAUGUUCGAGGACCUGUGGCGCGGGCCGCCCAGCCAGGCAUUCCCGAUCAUGCAUCCGGCCCAGUUGUUCUUGAUGAGCCCACGGCCUGUGGAGGGAGGCCUGGUGAAGUGCUACAUAAAGAGGGAAGACAUCUCUGGCGGGCCAGGCGGGCCCCACUGCCGCUUCUUGUUGUACCUUGGCGACCAUGCACAGGCCAGGGGCGCUAAAUUUCUGCUGAGUGCCGUGCAGCACUCGUGGCAGCGAGUCUUGCUGUACACUUCCCGGGCAGACUGGAGUGCUCCAUGUGCGCGGCUGGUCUCCAACCUGAUAGGGACGCACCAUCGGCUCCUUGCAGGUCGGGGCAUGUCCUUUCCAAGUGUUCCAUCCAGUGCAGGGAUUAGCCUCCCUGAAGGAGAGAACCUUGGGGGUGUCUCCUACAAGUUAAGGAUGAAAGGGAUGAUGAGGCCCAGAAGGUUGACCGUCCUGAUCCCCCAUCCCAUCCUCCCCCACCUGCCCUCCCAUGCAAGCCUGUUGUGUCGCUUCAGUCUGGACCACAACCGCUUCAAGCGCACCUCCUUGUCACAUUUGGAUCAGGCCUUUGAGCACAGAGUCCACUUUGGGAUGGAGGGGAAUGCAGAGAGCGAGCAUGCAUUGUUGCGGAGCGAGCGUCGAUGCAGGGGACAGUCACACCCAGCUGGCGUGUUUGACAACCUGGACUGUGAAGAGAGGUGGAGGGCUUUGAAGCUGACGAAUAAGCCGCCGCACUGGAACGACGGUUUGCGCUGCUGGUGCCUAAAUUUCAAGGGCCGUGUCAAGCUUGCAUCUGUCAAAAAUUUCCAGCUUAUGUGCAGCAACGACACUGCAGGGAGAAUUGUCAUGCAGUUUGGAAAGGUCGACACGGACACGUUUAUAAUGGAUUACAAUCCCGAGAUCAUCACUGGUCUCCAGGCUUUCUCUGUGGCCUUGACGAGCUUUGAGGGCCGCCUCUUGCUGUGA